AAACAUAUUUUUUGGCAUUAUUUGUAUUACGACAAUACAAUUUAUUAUUUCUUUAAUUGUUUGAUAUAAUCUCUAGUUAUUCACUAAUUGUGUUAUUGUUAAAUUACUUGGAGUUUGUUCCGGAAUGUUUGCUUGCAUAAUCCAGAUUGCAGAGGCGUACUUAGAACACUUUCAAGGUCGCAAUAAACCUAUUUUUGACAGAUGUCAUUUAUGAUAUUUGUGUAGCGUUUAAUUAUGCAAGCAAUUUAGAUUUAUUGUUAUUUAUGAGCUGAAAUGAUUGUGAAUGCAACGUGAAACCGAACAAUACAGUGCUCCAUUAAAGGUUACAAUGUGAAUUCGAGGCACAAAAGGGGAAUCUGUUCUGUUGCAUUGAAGAUUAUUUAUUUGAACAAGAAAUAUCAGCUUAUGUUAGUGGUUGAAACAUGCCCGCUCCUCCAAUUCCAACAGUCGUCGAGCCUGACGCAGCAGAAUGUCGCAGUGUCACAGACAGUGUCGGCUCGCAUUCCGACAUAUCAGGGCAUACGCUUCAAGCCGCGAGUUCCAUCAUGGGACGGCCCCAUAUGGACGUCGUUUGUGUGAUAGAUAUAUGCCAGUCGCAGAAUUUGGCCCAUCGGAAGAAGGCCUUGGAAGAGGUCAAUCAAGCGUGUCUCCAAGUGGGCGCCACACUCAACCAUAUCCAGGUAUUUGAAAAAUUAGAUUUUGGAGAAACAAACGUAGUCAGCAGUUUUUACAAUGCAGAUAUGGUUAUUGUUGAUUUUUCAUUACCGACGCAAAUCAUUACAUUGUCAUAUCAUCUGGGAGUCAGGGAAAGAUUCAACAUGAAACACAACAUUUUAAUUUACAAUGACACAGAUACUGAAGCCACUGAACGUUUAAAAUGUUCCACUCAAUACCCUUGCAUAUCUUACAUUCUAACCGAGGAUGGCAUGUGUGUCACAACUGGAAGAUCAAACGAUGGAGGUGAGCUUUUAAGUCAACGUUUAAAACGAUCAUUGCAAGACGUUGAAAUACAAAGCAAGGCUCAUAUGAAGGAAAAAUUCUUGGCCGAUUUGAAGAAACUAAAAGAACAAAAAAGCGGCGAAGAACUUCAAGAGUCUUUACACAAUAUUAGAAGGCGUUUGGACGAUCCUAAUGUUCUCUCCGGUGAUGUUGUUUUAAAUAUGUUAUUUUGUUUUCGUGAUAUUCAAGAUUAUGACUCCAUGGUGCAACUUGUUGAUGAUCUAAGAACACUUCCUGCAGCAAGGAAAUACCUUAAUUCAUAUAUUUUGUAUCUUUAUGCUUUUGCAUUGAAUAGGAGGAAGCAAGACGGUGAUAGAGAGAAAGCUCUUAAAGUUUGCAUUGAAGCUUUGGAAAAAAGAGAAAACCAUUUCCCAGACAUGAUUUGUUUGUGUGGUAGAAUUUACAAAGAUAAAUUUACGGAAUCAGAUUACAAAGAUGAGAAAAGCCUAGGCGAAGCUAUUUAUUGGUACAGAAAAGGAUUCGAAGUGCAACCAAAUGAGUAUGCAGGGAUCAAUUUAGCGACACUGCUGGUAAUAGGUGGUGCCGACAUCACCGGCAACGAAGAGCUUCAACGUAUCGGCAUGGUCCUCAACAACCUAAUUGGCAAGAAAGGAAGUUUAUCUUCACUACAAGACUAUUGGGAUGUUGCUACGUUUUUUGAAAUAUCCGUCCUCUUUCAGCAUUAUUCAAACGCAGUCCAAGCAGCUGAAUGCAUGUUUAAAUUAAAACCUCCAGAUUGGUAUUUAAAAUCAACAGUUGGUAACAUACAACUCAUCGACAGAUUUCGUAAAAAACGUGAGGAGGAAGGUUCUCCCGAAGAGAAGAUUUUCCAUUUUUGGAUGGAAUUUUUUCUCGAAGCUACAAAACCUCCAGCUAAAGAUAGUUUCCGGUUUCCUGCACUUAUCCUCGAACCUAGUAAGGAGUUUAUGCCUAGCUACGUAUGCGUGAAUUUGGGUGCGGAACCGCAAACUUUACAAGUUACAAAUUUGUGCGUUAAAAGUCUAAAAAAUAAUUGCACACAAAUCCACAACUGGGAAUUCACUGCUAACAAUAUACGCAGUGUCAGUUUUUACAAACGAGAUGAACGUUGCCUCUUCCUCUACGUACAUCACAAUUCAGAUGACUUCCAAAUUUUCUUCCCGUCGGAAAGCUGCCGCCAAUGUUUCUACGAAUUGAUUUUAGAACUGACUGAUCAUCAGGAAGGUUUAGUGGAAUCUGAACCACCACGUGACAUACGAUAUGAGUACGAAAGGGACGAACAGGGGCGACGUAUAGUCUUAGGAAAAGGCACUUAUGGGUGCGUUUACGCCGCUCGAGAUUUGAACACACAAGUGCGAAUCGCCGUUAAAGAAGUACCUGAAAAGAAUCUCGGAGCGGUUCAGCCUUUACACGAAGAGAUUCGCUUGCACUCGCAAUUGAGACACCGAAACAUAGUACAAUAUUUAGGAUCGUUAUCCGAAGAUAAUUACUUCAAAAUUUUCAUGGAACAAGUACCUGGAGGAUCACUUAGUGCUUUAUUGCGCCGCAAAUGGGGCCCUUUGAAAUCCAACGAACACACCAUGGCCUACUACACCCGACAGAUUCUUGAAGGUCUCAAGUAUCUCCAUGACCAGAAAAUCGUCCAUCGAGAUAUCAAAGGUGACAACGUCUUAGUCAACACUUACAGUGGUGUUGUAAAAAUCUCCGAUUUUGGUACAUCGAAACGACUAGCGGGGCUAUGCCCUAGUACGGAAACUUUUACUGGGACUUUGCAGUAUAUGGCACCUGAAGUGAUUGAUAAGGGACAAAGAGGGUACGGGGCUCCUGCCGAUAUAUGGUCGUUGGGAUGUACAGUGGUUGAAAUGGCAACUGGAAAGCCACCUUUCAUAGAAUUGGGGUCUCCACAAGCAGCUGUUUUUAAAGUCGGAUAUUAUAAGGAUCAUCCGCAAGUUCCGGAAGAGUUGUCAGAUAGGGCAAAACAUUUUAUUUUGAGAUGUUUUGAGCCCGAUCCCGAUAAGAGGGCUUCGGCGGCUCAGUUGUUAGAAGACCCAUUUAUUGGAGUGGAAAGGAAGAAAAGCGUCCGUUUAAACACCGAAUUCAACCGCAGCGUUUCUGUUCCCGUGGACAAAGUGCUUCCAAGACUUCCGAGCUGCAGUGCCCCAAAUCAGACACCAACAACGCCGGAAUCUGACUCCCAAAGCAGAGGCUCUCUCCUACCGCCCAUUCAAAUGCCCACAUCACUUACAUUCAACAGUUUAGCAUCGACUCCCUCGCUUGAAAUCGAAUCAUGUCAAGACGGUACUGAAAGAAGAAAUUCGACGGGAACUCUUUUGUCGCCCGAAGUUGAUGCUAGCACCGAAACGGACGGUUUUUAUCUAUUAAAAAAAGACUCACAAAGACGCACAACUCUUGCCAAAGUAUUAGCACAAGAUGGACCCAAAGUGUGCGAAGUGUGGAUGCACAAAAUUAGGGACAAAUAUAUGGGAGAAACUGUACUCACACAAAAACAUCUUGCCCGAUUGAUGGACGGUUUGAAGGAUUAUUUAACAGAGCAAUCGUUGACCGUUGUCGAAAGUGCCGUUAGACAGCUGAAAGAAGAACUCGACUUUGAUGUGACGGCCAUAAAUCAACUACAGUUUGCUAUUUAUUUAUACCAGGAAUCCGUUAACGAAGUGCUUCGUUUGCACCCCAUCAAACCUCAUUGGAUGUUCGCCCUCGACAAUUUGGUGCGGUCUGGUGUCCAAGCUGCCAUCACGGUCCUGUCACCUGAAUUAGGCGAGAAUUUGGCCAAUCACAGUUCUCCCAGUACUGUGAACUCCGCCAAGUCCACCAAAAGUUCCGAAAGUUUCGAUUUUCGAGAUCAGUUGGUUCAUUUGCGGACAGAAAAUGCCAGAUUGCAACAAGAAUUGGUGGAAUCGCAAAAACAGUACCAAAUUUUGGUUAAACAAUUAAUUGAAAGUUUUCAAUACCACUCCGAGGCUAUCCGCGAAUUGUGUUCGCAACGAGACAAUCAGAUUAAAGAUGAGUUUGAUGAAGAUCCAAGAUUGGCGAGUUGGUUACAAGGUCUUGGAGUUAAUGAAUUUGGAAGAAAGAAGAUUCUAGCUGAAGGCUAUACUUUAAAUGAGGUGUUGUAUAAUAUAGGAAGGGAGGAAUUGCAAAGGAUUGGACUCAGAGGGGCAGUGGAGUUUCGUAUUUGGAGAGCAAUAGAACAACAUAGGCAAAGUCCAAAUGUCUAUCUGUGCAAUGGAGUAACAGACGACACCAGUACUGUUUAAACUUCAAGAUUUCAUCAUUACCAGACUGUGAUUUUUUGUUUUCAUUUUUUUUUAGAAUCUUGUUUUAUUUCAAGUGCAAUGAUAUUUAUUGUUUGAACAGAAUAUUUAUUUCGUUUUUGUUCACUAAUUAGUACAAAUUUGAGAAAAGCACGCGAUUUUAUUUAUACGUUUUUAAAUCAAGUUUUGUUUUAAUUUUUGUCAUCUCGAUUGGUAGUUUAACUCGAUUCUUUUAUAUUAAAAGUUUAAUCCGUGUAUUUACUUAGUAAAGUUUUCAUCUAAAAUAUUGGAAAACUAACUCUACUACAUAGUUGUUUUACUAAUCAAAGUUGAAGUGCCUUUUUACUAAUGCAUCACAUUGUAGUUCAACUGUUUUAGUAUUAUUAAUAUUUUAUUUUUGAAAUGAUGUUUCAUUUUUUAAUAUUAGGCUUAAAAUUGCCAUUGAAUAGUAAUGAUACUAUUUUUGCUGUUAAAGUUUACACCAUAAUAAAUGACUAAUAAAAAUAAAUAC